CCCGGAAUGAAAAGAGGAGGAAAGCCGGAGGCUGACGGCGCAGCCAGUGUGCGCAUACCCGGAAAAACAACGUAAACCACAUGGGUUUGAAACGUACAGGGAUCCACCGCGAAGGGUCACUUUCUCAUCCACAUGAGAGUCAUAUCCAGGUGUCACCGCACCGGGUGGGGUCAUGAGGAAGGGUCGCAGCCGUCGGGCUGGAAGAACUGCGAGGAACAGGAGGCAGAAACAAGAGAGCAUCGUGCAGUCAGUCUCUCUGAGUCACCAGCUGCAGUAUGUGAGGCUGAUGAAGUUUCUCCACCAACGGGGAUUCACGUCAACGCUGCUGCAGCCAGUCCUCUUCACCGACACGGGCAGAGGACUGCAAGCUCUCAAGACCAUAAAACCCGGCCAGCUGCUCAUCUCUCUGCCAGAGUCGUGUCUGCUCACGACCUCGACUGUCCUGGACGGCUACCUGGGACCGUAUGUCGAGAGGUGGAAGCCCCGCCUCUCCCCCCUCUUGGUGCUUUGUGUCUUCCUGGUGUGCGAGCGUCACAGAGGAGACGCCUCUGAUUGGUUCCCCUACAUCGACGCGUUGCCCACCUCUUACACCUGCCCCGCCUAUUUCACAGAUGAGGUCAUGGCCGUCCUGCCCGCUGGUGUGCGCAGACGGGCUUUAGAGCAGAGGGAGGCGGUGCGAGAAAUCCACUCUUUGAAUCAAGACUUUUUCAGAUCCCUGCAGCCAGUCCUGAGUCAGCCUGUGGAGGAGGUGCUGACAUAUGAAGCACUGAGGUGGGCGUGGUGCAGUGUCAACACGCGCUCUGUCUUCAUGUCCCAUCCAUCCAACAAUUUCCUGUUUGGACAGAAUGUCUAUGCAUUAGCUCCCUUCCUGGACCUGCUCAAUCACCGCCCUGAUGUGCAGGUUAAAGCAAGUUUCAAUGACGUGACGAGAUGCUAUGAAAUCAGGAGCGUGUGUGGGACACUUCGCUACCAGCAGGCCUUCAUUAACUACGGUUCCCACGACAACCAGCGCCUGAUGCUGGAGUACGGCUUUGUGGCCCCCUGCAACCCCCACAGCGUGGUCUACGUGGAGACAGUUUGUCCCUCAGAUCUCCUGGCUGACAUUUUAAGAGGCGACAGGAGUUUGGAUCAGAAGAUCAAGUUUCUCAGAGAGAACGAUUUCCUUCAUAAUCUCACUGUGUCCUGUGAGGGUCCCAGUUGGAGGCUGAUGACGGCUCUCAGGGUGUUGUCGCUGCCACAGACACUGUAUCACCACUGGAGGGCAGUGCUGCUCGGCCAGGAGGUGUGUGAGGCGAGAGAGGAGUGGAGCAUCCACACAGCAAAGACUCUCUGUCAGAGACUACUACAAGACACACACUCAGCUCUGGAUAAGAUCUCCCACCUGCUCCAGCGGUGUGACCAGUCAGUCAGGGAGCAGCUCGAUGUGGCCAGGUCACUGCGACAGGAAGAGAGGUGCAUCCUGGGAAGCUGUCUUGAGGCACUGGAAGGCACGCCCAGACAACCACAUGAACCGUUGCCAUGCCAAUCUGAUGUCGACAGCUGAGAGCUGACAUCCGAUUGGUGCUCUGCCUUAUCGGUUGCAGUAGAAGUGAGAUUAUGGACUGAAGUGGUGUUGCUGGACAUCCUCCUUCUUCCCGCUCUGUUUGUAGACCAGUGACGCCGACAAAAGCAGCAGGAUUGGUGGCCACAGGUUUGGUUCCGGGUGUGCUGAAAGAGUAUCUGCCCUGCUUUAACAGCUCUCAUCACCACCAAGUCAGAGUCCAACACAGAGUCUGCUAAAAUGACCGCAGACCAGAGGAUCUCUAAGUGGAAGCUCAAAGUGCAGCUGGGCCCUCGAAGCGCAGGCGUCACUCAGCGUGUGGCAGCAGGUUGAUCGUGAUGUCCACUUUUAUUUGUGUCUCAGUGUCUUGGUCAGAGUUGAACAACCGCCUUGGCCUUCUGGUGACGCUGGACCGUCUCCAUGGCGACUGUGGCUUCAUAGAGAGGGACCGCCUCCUCAGGCUGAGGUCUGCAGAGACGGAUUGAAAACCAGACCAACCCGUGACACAACAGAUUGCAUUUGAUCAAGUCAAACUCCACCGUGUGUGUCUGGAGAGCGACGGGCUGCAGUUCUUUAAUCUGUGCUUUCACGGUUGUGGUGGAGUGAAUGAAGUAAAAAUGUCCGUGUUUUUGGA